AUGGAUGAACUCGAAGAACAGGUCCAGCAUAUGGAACUCAUGGACCAGGAGUUACAAGAACUCCGCGCCACCGAAGAGGAUAACCAACGACUCAGGGAAUCAAACGAGGAACUGAGAUCAGAACUCGACAAACGAGACCAGGCCGUCAAUGAAGCAGUUGAACUCAUCUGCCAGUUGGAAGCGAAGUUGGAAGCCCUUGAAGCUCAUAGGGAAGAAGAACGCCCUGUGACCGCCAGACCUUGCUCCAGCGACAGCACGGCCGCUGUGUUCACAUCUAGUUCUCCCCGGGCCCUCACGCCCAAGAACAAGAUAAUUCUGGAUGUCCCCGAGCGCACAUCUUCCCGCAGGGAUAAGCGGCCGUCGAUGUCCCGUAGCUACUCCAACCAGAUGGAGGUCCAUGCCCAGACUCCCACUCCUCCUUCAGGUGCCGUUAGACGUCCGCAGCGCCAACCCUCCUUUCUUCAAGGCGAGGAUAACAGUACCAGCGCAUUGAGGAAUGUAUAUAUGACGGAUUCAGACAAGUCUCGAACAACAUUCAAUGGCUUUUCCGCACGAGGGACCGAUGACGGAACACAUGAGAUUGAGUCUCCUAGGUUAAGCGCAUUGAGUGAAUGCAGCUAUUUGGACCCGCCACAAAGCCCUUCAGGCGCCUAUGGAUCAGGCCGUUCGAAGUUGAAGGUCAAUACUGAUAUUGCUAGUACAAAGGUUCCUGUUGAAGACUCUCGAUCCCCUCUGGACCGCUCUCACAGCGCAUCUAAGAAACCAACAGGCCUCUCACGUGUUGAACAUUGGAUGCAGCCUGGUGCGAUGGAAACGACAAAAAUAUCCAAGCCGAAUGAAACCCAUCAGCAAGAUGCAAUUCUACGAACGCCGACAAACAACCAAUUUGCUUUGCCUGGGGCUAAACAGCCUUCAAAAAGUUAUAACUUUGAACCUCCGUCUUUGGUCAUUCCUCAGUAUCAUGCUGCCAGACUCCCUCCCACGCCAGAUACAAUGAGCACAACAUACGCUGAUAUACGCAAUAAGUCCAACACAAGCAUCAUUGCUGAGCGAAACAGAUAUGACCGCUCAAGUACUAUUGGACGAACACUUUCCAUUGACCGCACUCUCGGACGCCGUCGGUCAGCAAACGACGUCGCUACUACACGACCUAGCACUGCAGAAACAAUUCUUUCCGAUGGUCUAGAGACAUGGAGUGACUCGACUCAGCCAGCCUUUAUCACUGACGAAGAGUACCAGAUGGCAAGCAUGUUUCCCUCCUUUGCGUAUACUCACCGUCCAGGUACCCGGACUUUAGACCCUGCCAUUCAUGCCGGCGCUGUCAAUGAGUUGGGCGUACUUAUACCCAAGAACAGGAGCCGUCAUGGUCGUGAAAAGUCUUCUCAGGAACAGAUUCGAAAGGUGUCCAAUGCCCCCUCCCUUACGCCCGAGGAUUGGCUAGAGGCUGCACUGCCUGCUUCUUCCUCCAACGAAAAUAAAGAUAUCAAGCCAUCCCAGCAUCUAUCCUCAGAGGCAAUCGAGCAAUCCACAGGCAAUGAACAGCAAAUCACUCCUGUGAACAACGGCUUCCGCAGCCGAGGUGCUCGUGUUCUUUCUGAGCUUCAACCCCGUCGGCGUAUCAACCUGCGUCCCCCAUUCUUCAACAAAACUUCUACACUUUCUCCUGCGAUCCGCAGCAAUUCCAUAGCAGGCCCUGCCUCAUCCGCUGGAAAUUCACCAGCGACAGGUCCUAAAACCCCACAAAACGACCACCACGACACACCCUCCCCCACCACCAACACAGGGGGCACAACCCGUAGACCAAAGACCUCAGAAACAAGCGAUCAUAAACGGCACAGCUCGCACGGUUUCUUUGGCUGGAUAAAAGGUUCCGGUACCGUCAAGGAUGCUGAUCCAUCUCUAACUCCGCCUGCUACGGCAACUUCUAUUCUAUCAGCAUACGCUCAUCCGCAAUACGAUCAACAGAAGGCUCCUUCACAUUCGCAAACACAAAGAACGCCUGUUCGGGGAAGUACUCGACCUCUCUCUGCACUAGCAUUUACAAAUGACCUCCAAACACCACGACAUAACAUCCCUCACACGUCCAAUUCCUGCGUCUGCAUUGCUUCUCGCAGACAGAAUACGCCGUUUAUCCCUGUCACGCUUUCGAACGAGUCACAGAUAUCGCAUUCCUGCGCCCCCCCGCCACCCACACAGGGACGCAGACGCAGGCUCGAGUCGCUUAUCAGCUUCAUUCCCUUCGUCCUAAUCUCCUCCUCCCUCCUCUUCGUUCUCUCCGAAAGGCUUGUCCUCGAUGGUUGCGCGAGCCUGACCGCUACCGUCGCUUGA